UUAAGAACCUAGCUAAUCAGCCUGAAUUGUGAAAAACUACCCUAAAAUAUAACAACCUGUUCAGCCUGACUUCGAAAGUUCUCGGUUCUUGUAUGCGGGUUUUAUGUACGCUAUAUUCAGGUGGUGUCUGCUGUCUGCUUGUCUCUCAAUUACUUGACACUGAGUUUCAAUUAGAUAACUGGUUUGGAUUGAAAAGUGGCACCACUUAGCGCUCGCCUGGUCGAUUCGCUUUGGCUGCAAAAACGUUUUAUUUGGGUCGUGACGAAUUCCCGAAUUCCUAACAGACUGGCAACAACAACAAAAAUCCCGAAUCCCGUCAAGACAUUUUGUCGAGACAUUUCCCGAAUCGAUCCCGCACCAUAAAUCAGUCAGUGGGAGACUGGACACCGUUAGUGUGUUCAUGGUUGCCUCCGCUUUUGUGCUUCUGAUACUAUUGGAGAAAAAUUCACUUUCUUUAGUAUGAGACUCACAAAGAACUUGUUGUUUGAAAAAGGAUUGUUUCUGUAUUGUUCAAAGUUGAUAUUUCCGGAUGCCUUUAGACCAGAAAGAGAGAGAAUGCGCUAUAAAUCUUAAUCUGAACACGUUGCCUGAUGAUGUGUUGUUCGCCAUUUUGGGUUACUGCGACAGAAGAAGCCUUUGUGUGUUAUCUCGUGUGAGCAAGAAUCUGUACCGUGUGGCGAGAGAUGAUUCCAUUUGGAGAAGAAUUGCUCUGCGUUGUGUAAACGUCCAUCCUUCAGACAGGAAGUGUGGCUUCAACUGGAAGGAGUUAUGUAGAGUCUCGUGGAACUGGACACAUGGAUAUUGUAAGGACAGAAGUCUAAUCAAGUUUAAAUGCAACCUAAUGCCAUGGAUUCAACUUGGAAGACCUCAGCAACUGUUUGUGGCACAAGCUGCUGAUGUAAUCCUGUAUCAGAAAAGCAAACGUACCAAGAGCCAAUCAUCAUGGCAACCAUUGAUGACCUUCAGUGAUCACCAGGGUGAUGUCAGUAAUUUUUUGAUCACUGAAGGUCAGUUAGUGACCUGUGGUAUGGAUAAGUCCAUUCGCACAUGGAGCCUGAAGACAGGACUAUGUGAUGGCCUGUAUCUUGGUCACUCCUCUGAUGUGCACAGUGUGGACUGCUUUGGUGAAGUGAUUGUCACAGGAUCACGAGAUAAAACUGUCAAGGUGUGGUCCCAACAGAGCAAAUCAUGUGUUCACACCAUUCACGUUCAGGAUAACGUUUGGGCAGUUUCCCUCAAUCCAAGUACAAGGAGCGUAGUAAGCGGAAGCAGUGGUCAUACCGGGGGUGUUUCACCAUUACAACUUUGGGAUAUUGACAGUGGAAGGCUCGUCGCAAACUUGGUGUCAGGGACAAUCAGACCAGGAGCAGGAGUUCGUGGAAUUAAGUGGGAAACACCAUACACAUUGCUGUCCUGUGGCUAUGACACUAAUGUAAGACUGUGGGAUACAAGACUUUGUGAUCACAGUGGUUCCUCAUGUGUUUUGACGUGGGAAGACCCUCAUGACUCAGUAGUGUACUGUGUUGAUUCUGACAGAAAGUGGAUGGUCAUCAGUGGAACCAACAGAUAUGGAGUGGUCCGAAUAUGGGACAAGAGAUUUAGAAAGUGUCUUCAGAUGUACUAUGCUGGAAGGAACUCAUUCAGUCCUGUGUAUUCACUAUCAUUCAACAGAACAUCACUCUUUGUUGCAUUAGCCAGUGGUGUUCGAAUGUUAGAUUUCACUGUGUGAAUGUGAUCCACAGAGGGUACUAGUGUGUUACAGUAAAUCUAUGGUAGAUUCACAACUUAUUCACCUCUAUUAUGGCUGUGUACAACUGCAUAAAAUAUCUGAUAGUGUGUCCAUGUGGCCGCAGUCACCUGCCAACAGCUGUAGUGUAUUUCAAUGCUCUUGGACUGGGCUGAGACACUGAUCAUGAAUAUUAAUAUCUCGACCUGAUCUCAGUGAAUGACAUUUCAGUCAGAUCUUAUUUGGUAGCUCUACUAACAGCAGCUAUGAUCAGAUAUAUAAAUUUGUUUGAAGUUAUGCAAUAGUGUGAAACCUUCCCUAAGAGCUCCUGGGCAUUUCACAGACAGUUUUGGUGUGCUCUUGUUAAAUGCAAUUCAGUGCAAGCACAAUAAUCACAAAAACAAAACAAACAUGUCACCAUUACAUCAAUGAGUUUAUUUGUUCUAUGCCAAGGGUCUUUGUGCGAAUUUUCUUCAUAAAUGACACUGUGUUACAGGUUUAAAUUUUUGUUAGCAAAUGUUAAGAUGCAAAGAACUUAGCAAUUUUUCAGGGUUUUCUUCAUUAUUGAAAGAACCCAGUUAAAUGCAGUGCAUGAGUUGUUGUUUGAAAAUUAAGACUGAAUGCUGCUAUUGCUUUCUUGCUCAAGAACCACUUGCUAGAAUUUUGUGAAAUUUGGCAAGAAAAUACUGCCGGAAAUAAGUAAGUGAAUUUGAAGAAAAAAUCCUGAAAUAAAUAUUUAACAGAGGGAAUUCUUAAUAAUCCUGUCAUACUUUGACUAAGGACACAAAGUAUAAUUACAAAUUAUCUCUGUAAAACUAAAAUUAUUAAAAUAGCAUUAACAUGACAGCAUUCAGUUGCAUGGUUGUUGCAUGCAAAUGAUGAUAAAAUCUGGAUUUUCUAUAAAUGAUCAAACCCCAAUUUUGUAUAUCUGAUCAUGUUGCCAUGACAACAUCAUCAUCAUCUGAACUAUCAAACCACCUAAGACUCCUUUGCAGCCGUUAUUAGGGUUGUCAUGCAAUGCUUUCUCCAAGUGUUGCAAGAUUACCCUAAUAACAGCUGGAAAGGAGGCUACCAAAGACUGUGCUUGCAUCUUGCCUUUUUGGGGUUUGAAAAAUUAUGAAUAAACAUGGUUCCGAAAA